GUGAAUCUGAAUCCUCCACGUGACACUGAACAACACGCGGGAACAAGCGAGAGAUUCAUCAGUAUACUUCGACUCAAAUUCAUAACAUACACAAACAUUCAUUCUGUUUUUGUACAAGUUAUUACGUUCUGUCUCCAUAGGCUUCUUUGGACAAAGAUUAUGUUCACGUCUAAGCUGCUGACCCUGGUGCUGGUGGUCCAGCCCGGCCGGGUGUUGCUGGGCAUGAAGAAAAGAGGCUUUGGAGCUGGAAAAUGGAACGGCUUUGGAGGAAAAGUCCAGACUGGAGAGACCAUAGAGCAAGCGGCCAGACGGGAGCUGCUGGAGGAAAGUGGCCUCACUGUCGACACCCUCCACAAGAUUGGAAACAUCAAAUUUGAGUUUAUUGGGGAAACCGAACUAAUGGAUGUUCACAUUUUUAGAGCUGACAACUAUGAAGGAGAGCCAGCCGAAUCAGACGAGAUGAGGCCGCAGUGGUUCGACAUUGAUAAAAUCCCUUUCAGCCAGAUGUGGGCCGAUGACAUCUUGUGGUUUCCUCUGAUGCUUCAGAAAAAGAGGUUUUUGGGGUAUUUUAAGUUCCAGGGUCAUGAUGUAAUAGUGGAGCAUAAACUGGACGAGGUGGAGGACCUUUGAGUGGGGUUUUAAAGAGACAGUUCACUUAAAAAUGAACAUUGUUUCAUCAUUUACUCAAUAUCAAGUAAGUCCAAAUAAAGUUAUUUUUAUUCUGUAGAAUUAAAAAAAAAAGAUAUUCAGAACAAUGUUGGAGACCGGUAACCAUUGACCUCCAUGGUAAGGAGAAAAAUACUAUAGAAGUCAGCAUUCUUCAAAAUAUCUUCUUUUGUAGUCAACAGAAGAAAGUUCAAUGGAAUACGUGUAGGGAGAGUAAAUUAUGACAAAAUGCUAAUUUUUUGGAUGAACAUUUGCUUUAAUACCGUUUUUGAUGGAUGUUACCACUGUAUCAGUGGAAAUUAUCCAGCAAGAUCUGAUGUUCACACUACUGAGUAUGUUUCAUGGAUAUGGCCAAAUAUGUAAUAUGGCCAAUAUUUGCCUGAUAUCCAGUGCUGUAUUUUGUAUUAGCACAUUCUUUUGAUGUGAGAAGUUUCCAUUGAAAUCCACACAUUCAAGAAUCUGUAUUCUGAUACGGUUUGGUUUUACUUAAUUCUUUGUCUUUUCUACAAUUAGUAGUGUACUAAAUAACAAAAAAAGAAAUUGCAUCGUCAACUACAUGUCAUUUACUAAAUAAAACAUCAGAAAAUCCAGACAAAAA